CGUCCAAGCUGCCUCUGUGUAUUCUGGGAUGUUCACUGAGAUUUUCAGAAAGGAGAAGACUAUAUUUAGGGCCAGGGCUUACAGUUUUGUGCAUCUGAGCAUUCAGGAGUUUCUUGCUGCCUUGUAUGUCUUUUAUGUGUACAGCAUGACAAGGACAAAUCCUCUCCUUGAUAACACUGCUGACAAAUUGAAAUGGCUAGUGAAAAACAGCCUCUUUGAUGUUCACAAAUCUGCCAUCAACAAGAGUUUACAGAAUCAGAACGGACACCUGGAUCUCUUCCUCCGUUUCCUCCUUGGUAUCUCACUGGAGUCCAAUCAGACACUUCUGGUAAACAUCUUCCCACAGCUGAGGUCAACUGAAGGAGCUGAGAAAACAGUCCAGUUCAUCAAGCAGAAGAUCAAGAAGCAGAUCUCACCAGAAAGAAGCAUCAAUCUUCUCCACUGCCUGAAUGAGAUGAAUGACAACUCGUUGGUGGAGGAGAUUAAGAGUUAUAUUAGUUCUAGAUCAGAUCAUCAGCUCACGCCUGUGGAGUGCACCGCCCUCGUUUAUCUACUCCUGAUGUCAACGGAUGACCUAGAGGAAUUUGACUUGAAGAAAUAUCUCAGGUCAGAUGAGGGUCUGCGGAGAACAAUACCACUAGUUGUCGCAUCUAGAAGAGCAUUGCUGAAAGACUGUAAUCUGACUAAACAGAGCUGUGAGAUUCUGGCUCGUGCCCUCAGCUCCAGAAUGUCAUGCUUAACAGAACUAGACCUGAGUAACAAUAACCUGCAAGACCCUGGAGUAUCACUGCUAGCUCAGGGGCUUACGAGUCCAUUCUGCAAACUUCAGCUGCUCAAGCUGUGUAGGUGUCUUGUAACAGAAAAAGGGUGUUCAUCUCUGGCUUCUGCUCUGAGUUCAAACCUCUCGCAGCUCAGAAAGCUGGAUGUCAGUAAUAACCACACUGGAGUGAAAGGAGUGAAGAUGAUCUUUGACAUAAUAGAAAAUCCAAGCUACAAACUGGAAGAACUUAAAGCGGACCAUUUUGGGGAGAUUCGAAUGAGGAAGAGCUUUUUGAGUUAUAUCUGUCGGCUCACUCUGGACCCCAACACUGCUCAUCGCUCUCUCUGUCUGACGGAUGAGGACAGGACAGUGUCAUGGAGCAUGAAGGAGAUCCCCUACGAUGACCAUCCAGACAGAUUCCAAACGUGGAAGCAAGUAAUGUGUCAGGAGGCUCUAUCUGGGCAGCAUUACUGGGAGGCCGAGUGGAGUGGGAGUGUGUUUGGGGUAAAUAUAGGGGUCACAUACAGAGGAAUCAGCAGGGCUGGAGAGGCGAACGUCUCCUUGGCAGGUCGCAAUGACAAAUCCUGGAGUCUACACUGCUCCAAUUACAGCUAUACUGCUUUGCACGAUGGCAAGAAAAUCGACCUCAGAAAAACACCAGAGGACAACUUCAUUUCUGAGACGAUAGCGGUGUAUCUGGACUGGCCGGCCGGGACUCUGUCCUUCUACAGAGUCAGCACUGAUACUCUGAUCCACAUAUACACGUUCCGUACGAAGUUCAGAGAGCCUGUCAACGCUGUGUUCAGACUGAUCCAUCACUACGCUGUGGUGUCCCUGUAGCUGAGCACAGACUGUUUUUUGCGGACUCGGAUACCAUAUCGGACUCCAUCUCCCAAGCAGCAUCGGGAGAUCACAUGACUGGGGACGAGCGCCCACGUGACUACCAGCGCUCUCAGUCUCCUGAUUACUGAUCUGACGCACAUGUACAGGUAGACCUACUGGGACACUAUUUAAGACUAGUCCAAAGUAGGCUUCGGUGCGAGGUAUUGCUUCUCUUUCACAAGAACAUACUGAGCGAUUUCUUUAUCUUCUAUGAUUUCCUGUUAUGACCCUUUUCUCUCGUUGUUACCAACUUCGUCUUUUGGAUUUACCCUUUUGUGCUUUCGCUGGUGGUUUUUGGCUUUCUCGUGUUUGAACUUGGAACUGGUUUUGUGGUUUUCGAAUUCUGGCUAUCCCUGGUAGUUAGUUAGCUUCAUCCGCCUUCGUCUC